CCGGAAGUGAAGCGUGAGGGAGGCGCCGUGAGGGGGGGGGGGCAGCGGCGGCGAGAUGGAGUUCCCCGGAGGCAGCGACAAUUACUUGGCCAUCACCGGCACCUCCCACCCCUUCCUCAGCGGGGCCGAGACGUUCCACACGCCCAGCCUGGGCGACGAGGAGUUCGAGAUCCCGCCCAUCCCGCUGGACUCGGACCCGUCCCUGGCCGUGGUGGGACACUUCGAGGACCUGCCUGAGCCCGGCGCGACCCCCGAGGCCGCCUUCGCGCCCCCCGGCUACGGCGUCGGCGCGCUGGAGCUGCCCGUGGCCGUGGGGCUGCCCCCCGGCAUCAUCGAGCAGCCCGGGGGGCUCCUCAACAUGUCCCUAAAUGGGGCUGGGAAUGGUCCCAAAAUGUGGGAAUUUAACCCCAAAAUGGGGGGAUUUAACCCCAAAAUGGGGCUGGAGCUGCCCGUGGCCGUGGGGCUGCCCCCCGGCAUCAUCGAGCAGCCCGGGGGGCUCCUCAACAUGGAGCUGGACCCCCCCAUGGCCUCGCAGUUCGCCCCCAGCGCCCCGGUGACCAUCGAGGUGCCCCUGGGCGCCCUGAGCCCGGCGGCGCUGCUGGGGGCGGCCGGAGCGCUGACCACACCACUGACCACGCCGCUGACCACUCAACUGACCACCCAACUGACCACCCAACUGACCACGCCGCUGACCACGCCCCUGACCACCAUCGACCAAUCGGAGCUCAGCUCGCAGCUGGGGCUGGGGCUGGGCGGGGCCUCGGCCACGCCCUCACCUGGCCACGCCCCUCCUGGCCCCGCCCCCGCGGCCACGCCCAGCCCCGAGCACGGCCUCAGCCCCGCCCCCGCCGCCGCCGGGUCCCCCGCCGGGUCCCCGCAGGACGAGGAGGCCGAGGAGUUCCGCAGGCCAUCGACAGCCGCCCCGUCCCCACCGUCGUCGGUCACACCGAGCUCGGUUUCGGUGCCGGUGCCGGUGCCGGUGCCGCCGGAGGCGCCGCGGCGGCCGAAGCCGCCCAAGGAGGCCAAGAAGGAGUUUUGGGGCGAAACAUCCGAAUUUCCUCCCAAAACCCAAAAUUCUGUCCCAAAAUCCUUCCAAAAUUUGCCAUUUUUGGGAUCCAAACUUGGAAUUUCCUCCCGAAACCUUCUGAGAUCCCAAAAACCUCUGGAGAUUCGGGAUUUUUCCAUCGACAGCUGCCCCAUCCCCGCCGUCGGUCACACCGAGCUCGGUUUCGCCCUCGGCCCCCGCCCCAUCCCCACCAUCGUCGGUCACACCGAGCUCGGUUUCGGUGCCGGUGUCGGCACCCCCGGAGGCGCCGCGGCGGCCGAAGCCGCCCAAGAAGGCCAAGAAGAACCCUCAGCCCCCGCCCCGUCCCCACCAUCCGCGGCGCCGAGCUCGGUUUCGGUGCCGGUGCCGGUGCCGGUGCCCCCGGAGGCGCCGCGGCGGCCGAAGCCGCCCAAGAAGGCCAAGAAGAAGAAGGAUCCCAACGAGCCGCAGAAACCCGUGUCGGCCUACGCGCUCUUCUUCCGCGACACGCAGGCCGCCAUCAAGGGCCAGAACCCCAACGCCACCUUCGGAGAGGUCUCCAAGAUCGUGGCCUCCAUGUGGGACUCCCUGGGAGAGGAGCAGAAGCAGGUGUACAAGCGCAAGACGGAGGCGGCCAAGAAGGAAUACCUGAAAGCUCUGACGGCCUACAAAGCCACCCUGGUAACCCAAAAAUACCCCAAAAUACCCCAAAAAUAUCCCCAAAAUAUCCCCAAAAACCCCCAAAAAAUUCAUCAAAGAAUGCCCCACCGCAGCCCCUCCCCCCAAGCCCCGCCCCCGCCCCCUCCCCCCCUGCAGCCCAUGCGGGGGCCCCCCCCCCUGCAGAUCAAGGUGCUGCCCCUCCCCCCGCUGCACGCGCUGCCCCUCCCCCACCCCGCACCCUCCCCCACCCCCACCCCCCCACAGAGGGGGGAGGGGCGGCCCCAGCCCGAGGAGGAGGAGGAGAUGGAGGAGGAGGAGGAGGAAGAGAUGGGGGCGGAGCCGGUGGUGGUGCCGCAGGUGCCGUCGCCGCCGCGCCUGGAGCUGGUGGCCGUGGCGGAGUCGCCGCCGGGCGCGGCCGAGUGGCCGCGGGGUCGGUGCGUCCGCGCCGGCUGCGAGAACGCGCCCGUGGCCAGCGGCGACUGGGACGAGGAGUUCUGCAGCAGCGAGUGCCUGGUGCGCCACUGCCGGGACGUGUUCCUGGCCUGGCUGGCCGCCCGCAGCGCCGGCAGCAGCAGCAGCAACGUCGUCUUCGUCAAGUGAGACCCCCCAAAUUUUGGGGCAAUUUUGGGGCUUUUUGGGUCGCUUCGGGCGCAUUAAAAAUCUCGCUGGGAUCUCUGCA